AUGUUCCCCUCGCAGGCGGCUAAUUUUAACAUCGAGGCCCUGAGUGGCAUCUGUGGAUCCAUUUCAAUUGCCUGCUGGGUCGUCGUGUUCUCUCCGCAGAUCAUUGAAAAUUUCCGACGCGGCUCUGCCGAUGGCCUUUCUCUGCUUUUCCUGGUUGUCUGGUUGGCCGGAGAUGUAUUCAACAUUCUCGGUGCUGUCAUGCAGGGCGUUCUCCCUACUAUGAUCAUCCUCGCUGUAUACUACACUCUAGCAGACAUAGUCCUCCUGGGCCAGUGCUUUUACUAUCGAGGAUUCAACCUCAAAGAUGAAUUGUCUCCGUCGCCCACCCCGGGAGCUACUCCAGCCAAUGGUGUUCAGGAUGCCGAGGCUACUGGCGUCGAGCACCCAGCCCCAACAGAGAGAUCCGCUUUGAUUCCUAAGUCCAACGGCCAUGUUCAUAUCCAAGACCCAGUCCAAAGUAUCGCCGGAGAGUCUUCUCAAGAACGCAUUCGCCCGACUUAUGCUCCAGAAGGAAGAAGGCACUCAGCCACAUCGUUCCAUGAUAUCUUCCAUUCAUCGGUGGAUGGAACUCAUCUUUCUCCUGCAACCCCAUUCGUCGAGCCCGAUUCAUCACGCAACCGCUCCCAACGAGCUCGUCGCCGCCGUAUUUCCACCAUCCAAGCCAUUCUUUUCAACUCCACCGCUGUGAUACUGGUAUGUGCUGCAGGUGUGCUGGGAUGGUACUUCAGUCCGGCCUCAAAAUCUCCGGCGCCAGACUCGGAACCUCUUACCAUGGAUGUCCUCGGCCAGGUCUUCGGAUACCUUUGCGCGGUGCUGUAUCUGGGAUCUCGUUUGCCCCAGCUGCUCCUGAACUACCGUCGCAAGUCUACAGACGGAGUUUCUUUGCUUUUCUUCCUGUUUGCCUGCAUUGGUAAUCUCACCUAUGUGCUGUCUAUCUUGGCAUACUCGCCUGUUUGCCAUGGCGAAUCGUCUUCCGUGGAUGUCAUGGGCCGUCACCACCGUGAGAAGUGUCACCCUGGUGAGGCAGCCACAUUGUAUGGGCGGUAUGUGCUGGUCAAUUUGUCCUGGCUUGUUGGAAGUGCUGGUACGCUUUUGUUGGAUAUGGCGAUCUUCGCCCAGUUCUUCCUGUACAGUGACGGCAAGGAUUUUGACGAGGAGCAUGAUGACCAGGAGUAG